AUGGGACUACGAGCGCUUUACACACCUUCUCCCACCAUCUUUGAAAGAGGGGCGGAAUUAGACGAUAUGCUGAAGCCGUCCAGAAUCGACAGAAUCAAGCACAAGACAGAAAAGGUGAAGGAGCUCUUCUCUUCUCCAAGCAAAGACGAAGACGGGUCUGUGAGCUUCUCAGUCACAAGGCAGCCCCAAGAGUCCAGACACUCGCAUGGCUCAUCUGUUCUUCUGCCCGUGCCCAACACAUCAGACUCAGCCACAGAUGAUAACGAAUACCGUAACACUCCCAUUGGCGAGCUCUGGAAUCUCGCGUAUAAGAAAUUACAACAACAAGAUGGGGCACUCAUCAGAGAAUAUGAGGCGAGACUCCGCGAUAGCGUCACGGGUGCCCUGAGCUCAGCGUUAGGCGCAGAGGAGGACAGGGGGAAGUGGAUGAACACCUUGCUGCGAUGUAAGAUGGAAGAGGUCCAAAAGAACAUUUGGAAGAUUUCGUUCCGGAGCUCCGAGAUCCAACCAGUUGAAGUUGUGCAGCCCGUCUUGGGCGUUGUCAAACUGGCCAAUGACUUCAUCGUCACUGCAUUGGCUUCCAACCCCUAUGCCUCAUUGGCGUGGGUCGGGGUUAGCGCACUGCUAUCGCUUUUCUUGAAUCCCAUGGAUCAAGCUACAUCCCUCGCCAAGGGGCUGGAGUAUAUCUCCGCACUCAUUGUCCAGAGUCGAAUGCGGGAAGAACUCUAUUAUCGGUGUUAUGAAAUAAGACACAGCGAUGUUCAAGCAUCCUCAGUGUCGCAUGUGCUAUAUAAGAGCACUCUGGAAAAUUUAUACCAGCAAAUACUGAAAUUUCAGGCAAAAUGCUAUUGCUACUACACCAACAAUAAAGCCAUUCGUUUGGGCCAUGAUCUUACCGGGCGGUAUGAUUGGAGCGGCAUGAUAGAAAAGAUACGGCAACAAGAGAGCCAGAUGGCUGCUAUCAACCAGGCUUGGAGCGAUACGCAAUAUGAUGAAGAAUGUGCCGCUGCUCAGGAGCGACACAAGGAAGCUAUGCACAGUUUGGUGACCGUUGGUGCGGAUAUUUCCGGCUUGCGAAAGGCAGUAGAGGAAGCCAAUGCGAAGCAGGAUCAUCAAAAUUUCUAUCGCUGGCUAUGUGACGUUGAUCCGUCCGACAUGUACAAUGCAGCCCGUAAGAGGCACGAGGCUGGCACGAGUGAAUGGUUCAUGGAGAACGAAAAAUUUGAAUCAUGGAUGAAUAAUCCUCGCUCCCUUUUGUGGCUGCAUGGUAAAGCGGGUUCUGGAAAAUCUGUCCUCAGCUCUUCGGUUAUCAAAUUCUUGCAGAAUAAACACAAGGACGACGCUACGAUCGUUAUUGCGUAUUAUUACUUCAGUUUUAAUGAUGUUACAAAGCAGGAAAGAGAUGGAAUGCUCGCUUCUUUAAUAAAGCAGAUUUGCUGCUCCCGCCCUAACAUGCCCGAAUCAGUUGCAAGACUUGGCAAAUACAAAAAUAAUGGCAUGCGCCCACCUACUGAAGAGCUUCAAGCGGAACUUAUUGAGACUUUAUGCGGGUUUUCUAAGGUGUAUAUCAUCAUCGACGCAUUGGAUGAAUGCCCAGAACUCGGUGGGCGGCGUGAAGAUCUCAUGAAGACGUUACGCUACAUCCUAAAUGCUGCACCCGAUAAUCUUCAUGUGAUCUGCACAAGCCGAAAGGAAUCAGAUAUAUAUGCUGAGCUUCAAAGCCAUUUAUCUAAACCCACGAGGGUAGAGUUCGAUCUAUCUUCUUAUAUACACCGAGAGGCAAUCAAGCGCGAUAUCGGCCGUUAUAUAGACUCAACCCUCGCGGACGUCAACUAUAAAUCUUGGUCGGAUCCUAUAAAAAAAGAAGUCAAAGAGACCCUAAUUGAAAAGUCAGAUGGAAUGUUCCAGUACGUUCGUUGUCAAUUUGAAGCAUUGCGAAAUUUAAAGUCUCCGAGUGAAAUACAACGGGCUUUAGAAGAUCUACCCAAAGGACUUGACCAAACAUAUGAGAGGAUUCUUCGCAUGACAGACCCUAAGUACCAAGAGCAGAUCCUAAGUUCACUGAAAUGGCUUGCCUUCUCAUUUUAUACCCUCACCGUGGGUGAAUUAGCGGAGAUAUUCAUCAUACGACCAAGCGACAUGGCUUUAAGCCAUAGAAUAAAACGACGUUUACAUGAAUCCGAGCAACUUUUCAAUGCUGAGGAUGUCUUGACAUACUUCUCAGGGCUUGUUCUCGUGGAAUAUGGAAUAGUCCGCUUGGCACAUUUCUCAAUCAAGGAAUAUUUGACUUCCAGUCGAAUUUACCAAGAUGAGGCGCUAUCGCUUGGAUUUAGCGAAACGAACGCCCAUCUCUGGAUUGCGCAGUGGUGUCUUGCCUACCAUAAAUGUUUGAGUACUUCAGCCAGCAAGCUCAGCCGGAAUCGCGAUAUUAUGAAGCAUUAUGCAGCACGCUAUUGGCCGAUGCAUCUCGAAAUGGUUCCUCGUAAAUCAUGGACUGCUCAAGUUGUUAAGAACGUGGCAUUUUGUCUUGCAAUGCAAAGCCAAAGCUUGCUCAUUAUGCUAAUUGAAUCUAAGGGGCUUCUAAGAAUGAUGCGAGGAAAAGAUGAGCUUAUAUAUUCGGACAUGGUGGAGAUGCUGAUGCGGCCAUACUGCUUCACUGCCUGGCUUGGCUGCACUCUUGUGACGGAGCAUAUGCUUUCGCAGACAUUCGGAGAGAAGAUAUACUUCGUGCAGGAUGACUUCGAUGUGGCCUUGUAUUACGCAAUUCGUGGAGGUAACCCUAGAGUUGUUCGACUUCUGCUUGACAAAGGUGCCAGCGCGAAUGCAUCGAGAAUAGCAAGUGAAGGCGAGCCUGGAUAUAGCAAAGCCGGAGAUGUGCUCCAAGCGGCUGUAUACCGAGGGAACCUUGCAGUGGUAGGCCUUCUCUUAGACAAAGGUGCUGAUAUCAAUGCUCAGCGCGGUGGAUGGGGUUCCGCCUUGCAAGCUGCGGCAAAAGAAGGAAAUCUCCGUAUGCUACAGCUUCUUAUAGAGCGUGGGGCGGACAUCAACGGCCCUUCCAAUGAAGCGGGAUGCGUUCUUUCGUCAGCUAUUGGGAAUAUGGACUGCUUCCGGUUUCUACUCGACAAUGGAGCAGAUGUCAACAUGCGUGGGACUGGAAAUACGGAAAGCACAGCUCUUUGUCAAGCAGCAAAAGAAAAACGCUGGGACGAAUUCGACUUGCUGCUUGAACACGGGGCCAAGGGUAACCUAGGUGGAAAGGGAGGCUAUCCCCUCCACGAAUUGACCAUCAACUACAAAUUCAACGUGGACGAAGUAUUCCCCCGACUAAAACGCCUACUCGACUUUGGUGCAGAUCCAAAUGCUCAGGAUGCUAAGUGUGAGACUGCACUACACAAGGCAUGUGAACACCACAGGAUUACAUGUUCUUCUGAUUGCGUUCAAGCAGCCCGGCUUCUAAUCGACUAUAGUGCUAAUGUAAACAUUGUUGGGGAAAACCGCGGAACGCCACUGCAGAGAAGUGCAUACAGGGGUUGCUUGAGUAUGGCAAAGUUACUUCUAGGAAAGGGUGGCGAUGUGAGCGUACAAGGAGGAAAGUAUGGUAACGCACUCCAGGCAGUGUGUUACAGUACUAGGGCUCUUAAGACAAAAGCAGAAAUGAUACAACUGCUCCUUGACCAUGGAGCUGAUGUCAAUGCCAAAGGCGGUCUCUACGGGACUGCGCUACAAGCAGCUUGUUGCUCUAGGGAAGGCAUUAGAUCAGUGCAUAGGCUGCUCGAACUGGGCAUCGAUGUAAAUGCCGAGGGUGGUAGAUACGGAAACGCAUUACAGGCAGCCUGUCACCAGGGGGACAUUGACAUGGUGGCCUUGUUGCUGGACUAUGGCGCCAAUAUCAACGCCGUCGUUGGUGACGAAUAUGGAACUGCGCUUCAAGCAGCCUGUGCCUCUGAUCGGCAGAGAGGAAAUGAAGAGAUAGUGCGCCUUCUGCUUGAACGAGGAGCCGAUGUGAAUGCUGAGGGUGGAAAGUCCGGCACCGCGCUAAAAGCAGCAUCUAUGAAUACUCGAUGCGACAACCAACAUGUGAUAAUGCGCAUGCUGCUCGACUAUGGAGCCAAUAUCAACGCUGUCACCAGUGAUGAAUAUGGAACUGCACUUCAAGCAGCCUGUGCCACGGCUAAGUGGGGUAGAUGCGAAGAGAUGGUGCGUCUUCUGCUUGAACGAGGUGCGGAUGCGAAUGCAGAGGGUGGAAGAUUCGGAACCGCAUUGCAGGCAGCAUGUGCUGCUAAUGGUAACCACACAAGCCAAGUCGAGAAAAUACGCAUACUACUCGAAUAUGGUGCGCGUGUCACUACUGUGAAAAGCAGCGAAUACGGGAGCCCACUUCAAGCUGCUGCUCUUCUUCAUACCAGCGCUGACGACACAAAUGCUCAAAUGCAGCUUCUGUUGGAUCAUGGUGUUAAUGUCAACGAUUUCGUGUUUGGGGAGUUUGGUUCGGCCCUUCACUAUGUGCUCUCUCAAGAAGAAAACCUUCGCAAGUUGAGGAGUGGCGAGCGUGUAGAUCCGUCUGCCAUGUUUCAGACCAUGAGAAGUAGAAUCCGGUUUCUUCUCGAUCGUGGCACCGAUGUCAAUCUCAAGGGGGGCAGGUAUGGUUUCCCGCUCCAAGCGGCCUGUUCGGUCGUGUAUGACAUUUGUGCAAACGGGCCGCCACGCAUAAGCUUGUUGCGCCGAGAAUCUGAUGCUGCUAAAAUACGCAUUCAACUCAUCAAUAUGGCCGCUGAUGCAGUAAAGAUGCUCCUUGAUGAAUGUCCCCAUAUUGAUAUCAAUGCACAGGGAGGGAUCUUUGGCACUGCUCUGCAAGCGGCAGCAUACUCGGGCCAGCUGAAAUCAAUACGGCUGUUGUUAGAUCAUGGUGCCGCUGUCGUAUCGGAUGAGUUUUGCGGCAGAUAUCGCACUGCUCUUAACGCGGCUGUGAUAAGAGGUCAUUGGAACAUUGUCGACGUUCUGCUUCAGGCGGGGGCAAAACCGGAUUGCCAUUUGCUUCUAAACCCGGAUGAAGGAUGGCUCGUACAAGUCCAAAAAGAGCACGGCCAGGCUGCGGUGGAUAGAUAUAGGAAGUUUUGGGAGGUUGAAAAGUUUCUGCAUGAGCAGACGCUGCUUAGAAGGGGUAGACAUGUUGCCUAUUACCACUUUGCAGUAAUGUGGUUACUUGCUCAGUUUCAGCUGUUGACUGGGUUUAUUAAGGCAUCCUUCAAUCUCCUGAUGCGAAAAUAA